AAUAUAUAAAGCGUCAGAAAAAAAAGAAAAAAGAAAUAUGAACUGUCUUCUCCCUCCCAAAGUCAUCAUUGCUCUGGCGAUAUCUAACAGAGCCUGGAACCUCGACGAGCACAGAGUGAGAUGGCGACAGACGACUCCACGUUUUUGAAGAUACGCGACGCAGCUACUGCAAUAGACGAGAAAGUGAACCUCGUCGGUGUUAUUAUCGAGUUCGGUUUCCCUAGGAAACCAACGGCACUGAUGAAAACAUUCAACCAGGAGCCAUAUGCCAUUUUUAGAUUUUGCCACAGGGAACAAGACAAAGAUCUUAUAGCAGGCCUGAGAGAUUGGUUCGUAGGUUUGAAAUUUGAGGAAGUUAGGAAAUAUAAGGAGCGAUUGUCGUUGAAAGGGAGCCGGAUACCUGGUGCUUAUAUUCUCAACCUACAGUGCUGUCAGAUGUUGAUGAUGAUCCUAUACCAUUUCUCACAUUAUUGGAUGGGUUCUCACUUAUCCAGGAAAACAAUCCAAUUUCCUUCACUCACAUUCUCCAUUCUGAUCGGGACCUAUCAUUGGUAUCAAAGCCUCGCCACCAUGACCACCAACAAGGAACGAAUAGAAAAUUUGGAGCACAUUGUCAGCAACAUAUAGGACCACCUACCGCCGCACCAAACACAAAUCGUGGGAGGAAAUGCAGCGCUGACGAGCCCAAGAGCUCUGUUUCAACUGCGACGGGAGGUUUACGGCCGACCAUCGAUGCCGCAAACCUCAGUUGCUCCUACUUGACGGAACGGCAGAAAAUGAAGAAGCAGAAGGGGCGGUCGAAGAGCUGGAGAUUUCCUUACACGCACUCACUGGGUGGUCGUCGUCCCGCACCAUGCGUGUCCUUGUCACCGUUCACAAGCAACAGCUGGCGGCCUUGAUUGAUAGUGGGCCGACCCAUAAUUUCAGCAGUGACAAAGUUGUGGAUCGGCUUCAGCUUCCAGUGGUGCCAACUACUCCUUUCCUGGUCAAAGUAGCCAACGGCCAACCGCUCAGUUGCCACGGAAGGUUCGAAAAGGUUGAUAUCAACAUCCAAGGUAUGGUCUUCAAACUGAAUCUCUACUCAUUACCAUUGAUUGGGCUUGAUUUAGUUCUAGGGAUUCACUGGCUUGAACAAUUGGGAUCUGUUAUGUGCAACUGGAAAAAAAUUACUAUGGAAUUUAUUUGGGAUGGCAAGCCGAGUCUGUUACAAGGGUUGAAUGGCCGACCUAUGCAGAGAGCCUCUGAAAAAGAGAUGAGGCAGCAAAAUGCACUCUUUGCUGUUUGUAUGCAAACCCCCAGCACAGCCAGCUCGGCCACGGCCAAGGCAGACCUCCAAGAAGUUCUUGAUCCUUUUGAAAAUAUUUUCAGAGAGCCUGAUUCUCUCUUACCAGCCAGAGAGAUUGAUCACAGAAUCAUUUUAAAGGAAGGAACAGAACCCAUCUGUUAGUCCAUACAGAUAUGCUCACUUUUAGAAGGCAGAAAUUGAGAGACAAGUCCAAGACAUGUUGAGAUUGGAUAUCGUCAAACCGAGUAUCAACCUCUUUUCAUUACCUGUCCUUUUGGUUAAGAAGAAGGAUGAAAUAUGGAGGUUUUGUACUGACUAUAAGGCAUUGAACUCGGUCACCAUUAAGGACCGUUUUCCUAUUCUCACAAUUGAAGAUAUGAUUGAUGAGUUAUAUGACGCCACUUUCUUCACCAAACUCGACCUAACAUCCGGAUACCAUCAAAUCAGAAUGCACCCUUCAGAUACUCAGAAGACAGCAUUUAGGACUCACAAUGGGCAUUACAAAUAUCUCGUCAUGCCCUUUGGCCUGUGCAAUGCACCAUCUACAUUCCAAGUAGUGAUGAACUUUAUCUUCAGACCAUACUUGAGAAAGUUUGUAUUGGUAUUCUUCGACGACAUCUUGAUUUACAGCCCUAGUUGGACUUCUCACUUGGAACACUUGUGAUAAACU